CCCUCAUGGGAGAGUGAAUACCUGGAACACUCCUUUACACAACAAUUUAAUCCUGUCAUAUUGACUAAAGAUCACUCAACUCAGCCCAUCUCGACUCACAACCGCUAUAACUCGACUCAGCCUGGGAGAGAGUGUAUCGCAAACAUGGCGGAAAGCCGGCCAGGGGGGCGGGGCAAUGCGCUGUGACGACAACUCCUCAAGCUUUAUACUGGUCAGACCACAUUCCAGGCCAGGAGGAUAAAAUGAACCCUCUGUAGUCCCGCCAGUGUUAUUUUGGACUGUCCAGACUUGCAGAGUUUCCCCACUCAGAGUUCACUUGUCCUUGGUGGAAUUUGGAAGUCAUUUAAGAGACAGAAAAUCUUCUAUACAAGAUGAGGAAAGUCAAAUCAGUUGUUCAAGUUGUUCCUCCUAAACAAAGAGAUGCACAGUCAAGCAGAACAUUCACACAGCAGAAGAAAGAAAACACAGUCUGGAUUGUGGGUGACAGUUACAUUCAACGCAGCAAAGACCGUGCAAGAGAGACCAUCGGGACCAACCUUGGUGUAUGCGCCCAUAUCAAGUGGUUUGGCAGGGGUGGCAUGUGUUGGAACUCCCUACUUCACGUUUUCCACCAGUGUCUUGAAGGAAGAACUGCUCCAGAUGUGCUGCUAAUUCACUGUGGUGGCAAUGACUUGGGUCAUGUGAAAAGUGUGCUGCUUGUCAAAGCAAUGAAGAAGGACCUGCAUUACCUUCACAAAAACUUUCCCCAGAUGAAGAUUAUGUUUUCUAUUAUCAACCAGAGAUGUCAUUGGAGGUAUGGCCCCCAUGGGAAGAUGGAAAAAGCACGAAAGUUUGUCAAUAGUGUUAUGGAUACUUUUGUUUUGGCUUGUAAUGGGAUAACUGUACAUCAUUCAGACAUACUGUUUGACAAGCCAGGGCUAUUUCUGAGAGACAAAGUUCAUUUAACUGACAAGGGGCAUGACAUAUUUUUAAGGGAUAUUGCCAAGGGUCUGAAUGACAUUUCCUUUUAAAUGAAUGUUGGACUUAAUGUUGUACUACUUUUGAUUGGUAAUGCGAACGUUAUCUAUUGUUUCAUGUUGUUGGCAAAUAUAUCUUGUGGAAUUUGGGAUUACAUGAAGCAAGACUUGAUUAAACAAAUCAAACAUGUGCUGUUGUUUCUUAAUUUUUUUAGCGCAGAGUUUCAAUCAGCCUUAUGAUAAUUCUUUUUCUUGGUUUUUUCUAUUUCAGGAAGUAGUGACAUCAUU